GCGGCUGGCUGACAGGGGCCUUGUUCUUUUUACACACGGUGUGGCGUCGCGGCUCUUCCGGGUGUCGGUCUGUAGCGCAGUCAUACGCAGUGCCGGGACAUGGCCUCAGACACGCCGCUGGCCGGGCUCCCUGUGCCCUGCGCUGGCUUCUUCUGGUAUCUGGGUGUGAUAGCGGCCUCCUGGUGGGGUGUGAGGGGCGCAUGGCGCCUGCUGAGUGGCGCUCGGGUCUGGGUGCUGGGGAGUGGAGCGCAGGUGGGCCCGAGGAUCGGGAAAUGGGCAGUUGUCACCGGAGCCACCGAUGGGAUUGGAAAAGCAUAUGCAGAAGAGUUGGCCAAACGUGGAAUGUCCAUCGUCCUGAUCAGCAGGAGCCAGGAGAAGUUGGAUGAUGUCUCCAAGUCUAUACGAGAGAAAUUUAAAGUGGAGACUAAAGUCAUCGCAGCAGAUUUUGGAAAACCAACAGAGAUCUAUGACCGCAUUGAGGCCGGACUGAAGGGCCUAGAAAUUGGGGUGUUGGUAAACAAUGUGGGAGUUUCUUACGAAUAUCCAGAGUAUUUUCUGGAAAUUCCCGACCUGGAUAACACUCUGGACAAGCUGAUCACCAUCAACAUCACGUCUGUCUGUAAGAUGACACGGCUGGUGUUGCCCGGGAUGCUGGAGAGGUCCAAGGGUGUGAUCCUGAAUAUCUCGUCCGCUAGCGGCAUGUACCCCGUACCGCUCCUUACUGUGUAUUCUGCUACCAAGGCUUUUGUGGAUUUCUUCUCGCGGGGUCUUCACGCAGAGUACAAGAGUAAGGGUGUCACUGUGCAGAGUGUUCUUCCAUUCUUUGUGGCCACCAAAAUGAGCAAAGUCCGCAAACCAACAUGGGACAAGCCCAGCGCAGAAGACUACGUGAGGUCCGCACUGAAUACUGUCGGCUUACAGACCCAGACCAACGGCUACCUGGCCCACGCCAUCAUGGGCUGGGUCACCGGAUCGUUGCUCCCUCUCUGCAUUGCUAUGAAGAUCACCAUGAAUAUGAAUAAAGGGCUCCGCGCUCGAUUCCUAAAGAGAGCGAAGAAAAACUAGAAAGCGUCUCUUCCGGCAUCACUUCUAUCAAAUCUACCACAAUCUUCAGGUCUUUGUCAUGGCUGAAUGUAACAGGAAGACCCCGUGACUGGCCCUUCACACUAACUGCUUCAUUGUUUUACCCUUUGUUAGUAGGACCAUGAAUGUUUUGUUUCUUUAGGUCGGGUACACAGGUCCUGCUUUUGGGGGUUAUGUACCCCUAUCGGGAUCUCAGAGCAGCAUCUCUCACUUUGGCAGUCCCAGGUCAUCCAUGUAUCGCCAUUCAUUUAAAUGGCCGCUAUGGAAUUCUACAUUUCCUUUGCAUUGGCUGCAGUAUAAUCUGUUCUAUCAUACUGGGGGUCUUGGAAAGCCAAAUCUAAUUAACUGAGACAACCCCUUCAAGCAGGUUUUCCGUUGCUCAUAGGGUAGAGAAGGUACUCGCUGUCCUCCAUUUUUACCCAGGGACUGAUGAAUUGCUCAUCUCUACCUGUGUUCGAGUCACGAGAACAGUUCCACUUCUCCACCCUGUUUCCUGACAAGUGGUCAGCUUAAUAUUUCACGCCAUACUCUACUGUAUGCAUAAGGCUGGAUACACCCACCCUCGUUUAGGACAUAUUACUUGCUUUUGUCACACCCCGGCGGCAGGUUGAACUGCCCUGAACUCUCAGCAUCGGCGAUCCCUGUGAUACUGUGAUUUUGGAUCAGUUAAUCCUGCAGUUGGGCUGUGACACGCGAGCCUGGGUGCUGUCCUGAGUAUAAAAUGGACAGCACCCGGACUUAACACUGAAUCAUUAAAUUCAAUGGGGGUCUUCACACAGAAACUGUAGCAUGUUCAGUCAUGAUCCGAUUUUCAUGCAAGACCACUCAAAUGGGUCUGCAGGGAAUAUCCGAUCAGACAUGGACUCAGUUGUGUGAAACUAAGCCUAAGGGCACAGCUACAGGGCGAUUUUGGGCGCGACACAUGCCCAAGUAUCAUAGUGUGGCAGGGUUGCUAUAGGAAUGAAUGGGGUCACAGGUUUGCUGCGACAUUUUUGUGCUUUGCGUGUCAUGGUUGCAGUUCUGCGACUUCCGCUGCGACCCCAUUCAUUCCUAUAUCAGCCCUGCUACACUGCGCUACUUGGGAAUGCGACACGUGUCAAGCCCAAAAUUUACGUGUAGUUCGAACCCUAAUACUGAAGUAUAAUACAUGUGGAACAUGGACACGGGGAUCGGCCUAAGAUUUUAUAUAAGUCGGUGAGAUACGGGACUUGCUUUUCUGUGCACUGCAUACUCCUCUGAUAUACCUGUAUUUGCUGCGCAGUGUCGUGGCGCUGACCCAGCCCCAUAGCCGAGGCACAACACAUGACCCCUUUAACACAAGCCCAAGGUACUAGAAACUGACCCGAUGCAGCACCCCAUAGAUUUUCACUGCAUUUCAAAUGGAUUUUUUUUCAGUGAUGUCAUUAAACUUUCUCCUCAUCCCAUC